UCUUUCCAGGCCCAGAAGACCGUGGAGAAGCCGCCAGCUACAACAGAGAGGAAAUCUCCAUCAAACACCAGCAAUGCUGCAAAAACAGGAGCCCCAGCGUCCAAAACCGCGGUCUCGAAGCCCUCCAACGCCUCCAAUCCCGUCACGAUAACUACACCUUCGACUGCAGCUAAAACCACUGCAAUUACAAAGCCUACAGCGCCCACAACUACCUCAGCAGACACACCUUCGUCCACUCAGCCUCGCCGAGCUGGAGGGAUCGCAGUCGGCGGCUCUCUGACGGCUCCCAGUGCUCUGAAGAGUCCAGGGACACGUCCUGUGCCUCCUGUACGCUCUCCUAUCGUCCUCCCAGUGCAGCGACGUCCUGAGAGGCUAGCAAAGAUCACGUCGGCCGGUCCGGUAUACCGAGCGAGUCCCGUAGUGCGUCCUCGUGCUGGAAGUAUCGGGAGUUCGCCCGGUAUCCGUCCACGUGGCGGUAGUACCGGUAGUUCCCCCGCUGUGGGUCCGCAGAACGCGAUGAAGCAGAGAAUGCUUCGGAAACUGGACAUUAAGCCCCACCAAUCACCUCGACGCUCCAUGAUGCAGCAGAUUCGUACUCAGGACGGACCAACGUCCCCCUUAAUGCUCGGAGGGAAGCCGUCAGAGAGCAUCAAGGACGUGCCUGAAGUGCAACUUGAAGCGCAGCAGUCAAGACGUGCGACCACCACUAAACCCAGGGCUGCAACGAAAAAACGAGUACCGGUAAAGCGUCGAAAAACCGGCGAGCCAGACGACGAUCGCGACGAAGACGUGGACCCGAACGAUCUGGAACUGCCAGAAGACGAGAUGAACGUUUACGUCCCAGCACGCGAGAGAGCGACGAUGUGGGCCAAAUCUCUACUCCACAACAACAAGGAAGCACAAGAGAAAGAAGGUGACACCUCGCAGACUCUGACAGUGCGAGAGAAGAAAACUCCGCCUCGUAGGAAGCGUAGCAACUCGAAUGCGUCUUCGGUAUCGUCGAUUGUCUCCGGUAUCGGUGGCGGUAUUAUCCCUCGCAGCAAAUUGGAGGAACUUUUGAAAAAGGAGCCGUCUCAGAUGACAAUGGGCGAGUUGGCGCUGACGGUGCCGAAGGGUCGACGCAUGAAGCGUCACGAGCGUGAAGAGGCUGCUUCAGACACGCCGCUACUCACCGAAACGGUAGGAGAAGGCUCUUCCGAUCUUCUAAACGCUCACGCGCUCAACCGUGUGCGCUCGUUGUCGGUAUCCUCCGAGUCUGCGGCGUUCGCCGGCUCGCUUGUGACGCCUCAAGUGCAAAUUAUUGACGGUCAAAUGGUCGUCACAGAGAACACAAUCACGCUGGGAGACGAUGCUUUGGGCGAUAGCAGCGUCGGUGGUGAAAAUACCGGUUUACCGCCACGACACUCAGGCUCACGGUACAGCUCGUCGCAUCCGAAUGGCCCGGGAAAACGCUGGGGCAAGGAGGAGACCAAGCAGUUUUACUAUUGUCUGAGCCAAGUUGGGCCCAAUUUCUCCAUGAUGGCGACGCUCUUUCCCACUCGUAAGCGCAAAGAACUCAAGAGCAAGUUCAAGUACGAGGAGAAGAACCACGCGAAGCUCAUUGAGAUUGCGUUACGCGCAUCCACAGCCCCUCUGGACUCGGAAAUGGUGGACGUUAUCGCUCAGAUGGUGGACAAGGAAGCGCAGAGGAAACUGGACGCUAAGAAGAAGAGGAAACCGAUAUCACAGCUCGGUAUCGAUGACGAUGCAGCGUCUGCCAUUAGCUCGAUGGCUUCGUCGCCCGCGUCGACGCCUCGGGUGCACACGGAGGAGUUCGUGGAGACGCUGAACGACGAGGAUCUUUUCCCACCUAGCAGACGCGGCUCUUUCGACUUUAGUGGGUAG